CCUUUUAUAAGUCAUGCGAUCAGGUAUUGACGUCAUUCAAAGAUCCGCUGAAUUCCUGCAGAAAUGAGAAGCUAUAAAAUGUUAGGAUGAGGCAGGACAGCAGACACCUGCGUGGAAACACCUGCAAAGAUGAAUUUUCUGACAAUAAUAGCUGUUGCUGUGUGCGUCCUUGCACCAGGUGCUUAUUGUGAGUCAUCCACCGUAGCGUGGUGCUACCAUGAUCCAAGCUGCAGUGACAGCACCUGGCCGACCAUCGCCCCGCUGCACUGCAACGGGACGCGUCAGUCGCCCAUCAACAUCGUGUCUGCCAACGCCACGGAGGACAAGAACCUGACGGAGUUCACCUUCGAGGGAUAUGACAACAAAUCCGCCUUGGCCACAAUUCAGAACACCGGAGACACUGUCAAAGUGACCUUCAAUACUGGCAUCAAGAUCUCAGGAGGAGGCCUGUCUGAGAGCUACGAAAGCCUGCAGGCCCACCUUCACUGGGGAAAAGGCACGGCUGAACCCGGAUCAGAACACACUGUGGACGGCAAGCGCUUCCCCAUGGAGCUUCACAUUGUAAACAGCAAGUCGACCUACAACCGGAACGCCACCCUUGCUGUGAAGGAUUCUGAAGGACUCGCUGCUCUCGGUUUCUUUAUUGAGGAGCUGACAGGUGUAGAUGAUCAGCCAGCCAGCUGGAAGACUUUGACCUCCUACUUCUCAAAUAUCUCAAAUGCUGGUGUGAUUAUCAAAAUCCCAGAUAAUAUUUCUCUAGACGAUCUCCUUUCUGGCGUGAACCGAGCCAAUUACUAUCGCUACCUCGGUUCCCUGACCACUCCCACCUGUGACGAGGCCGUAGUUUGGACCGUGUUCAAAGAACCGAUUAAAGUCAGCAAAAACUUGAUCGACCUCUUCAGCACAAGCCUGCUCAUCAAAGACUCCACUUCUCUGAUGGUUGAUGUGUAUCGAAGCACCCAGCCGUCACAGCCGGUCUCAACGCAGCCGAAGGCAAGCUCCUCCACCAAAUCUGGCUACUCUCUGGCUCUGAUGACCUUUGCCCUCAUAAUGGCGAGAUAUUAAAACAAAAGCUAGUGUGGAAGGUCAACUUUUGGGUAAAACAUGCAUAAAAUGCCAAACCUCACAUGUUGCAGGUUUUGUAUGUGUGUAGAAUGAAAAGACUCGCCUGUCUUGAACUGACCAUGCAACACAAAUGCAUUUAUUUUUUUACUCGUUUAUUCUUGUGGUUCUUCUUGCACUUUGCUGAAACGCCUGCGUGUUUAAAUUGCACUUAAAUCGAGCCUGAAACCGGUUUUAGUUUGUGAUGAAGGUUUAAAGUGUUACUCUGGUUUAUGAAGAACUUGAAUUUAUCCUGUUUGUUCUCUGGCACAUUGUGUACAAUCAUUGAAGAUAAAAACCUUUUCAAUAAAAUAUUUGUCAAUGA